UGUUUCUUCUACUCGCUGGUGUUCGACCCUGUGCAGAAGACCCUCUUGGCUGACCAGGGCGAGAUUCGUGUUGGCUGCAAGUACCAGGCUGAGAUCCCCGACCGGCUGGCUGAAGGUGAGUCUGACAACCGCAACCAGCAGAAAAUGGAGAUGAAGGUCUGGGAUCCCGACAACCCCCUAACGGACCGGCAGAUAGACCAGUUCCUCGUGGUGGCCCGGGCUGUGGGGACUUUCGCACGAGCUCUGGACUGCAGCAGCUCCAUCCGACAGCCCAGCCUGCACAUGAGUGCCGCUGCUGCCUCCCGGGACAUCACACUGUUCCAUGCCAUGGACACUCUGCAGCGCAACGGGUACGACUUGGCCAAGGCCAUGUCCACGCUGGUGCCGCAGGGGGGACCAGUGCUAUGCCGUGAUGAGAUGGAGGAGUGGUCAGCUUCUGAGGCCAUGCUCUUUGAGGAGGCACUCGAGAAGUACGGCAAGGAUUUCAAUGACAUCCGGCAGGACUUCCUGCCCUGGAAGUCCCUGGCCAGCAUCGUGCAGUUCUACUACAUGUGGAAAACCACUGACCGCUACAUCCAACAGAAAAGGUUGAAGGCAGCGGAAGCUGACAGCAAACUGAAGCAGGUCUACAUCCCCACUUACACGAAGCCAAACCCAAAUCAGAUCAUCUCGGUGGGCUCCAAACCCGGCAUGAAUGGUGCCGGCUUCCAGAAGGGGCUGACCUGCGAGAGCUGCCACACCACACAGUCGGCCCAGUGGUAUGCCUGGGGCCCCCCCAACAUGCAGUGCCGCCUCUGUGCCUCCUGUUGGAUUUACUGGAAGAAGUACGGGGGGCUCAAGACCCCCACGCAGCUGGAGGGCGCUGCCCGCAGCACCACGGAGCCACACUCACGGGGCCACUUGUCACGGCCAGAGGCACAGAGCCUGUCACCCUAUACAACCAGCGCGAGCCGAGCCAAGCUGCUGGCCAAGAACAGACAGACCUUCCUGCUGCAGACUACAAAGCUGACCCGCCUGGCACGCCGCGUCUGCCGCGACAUCCUGCAGCCCCGGCGUGCCGCCCGCCGCCCCUACGCUCCCAUCAAUGCUAAUGCUAUCAAGGCUGAGUGCUCCAUUCGCCUCCCCAAGGCAGCCAAGACACCCCUGAAGAUCCACCCGCUGGCACGGCUGCCCUUGGCCACUAUUGUCAAGGAGCUGGCGGCCCAGGCCCCGCUGAAGCCCAAGACGCCGCGUGGCACCAAGACACCCAUCAACCGGAACCAGAUGAGCCAGAGCCGGGGCCUGGCUGGCAUCGUGGGCAAGAGGGCCUACGAGGGGGCCAGCGACGCGCACCGCGUGGCCCGGGUGGUGGGGGGUGGCGUCCCCUUCUCAGCCAACGGGCGGCCCCUGAGCUCAGGGCUCCGGGCCAGUGCGCAGCCAGCCGCCAAGCGCCAGAAGCUCAACCCAGCUGAUGCCCCCAACCCUGUCGUCUUUGUUGCCACCAAGGACACCAGGUACUGGGGGGCAGGGGUCUGGGAGAGGGGGCUCCAGAGCAGGCUGGAGCCUGGGCCCAACCUGCCCCUCAAGAUCAAGGCCACCCGACCCACAGUUGCCCCCCUGGCACCCGUGCCCCCUGCCCGGCCCGCCAGCACCACGGAGCCCAUCGUCCUGGAGGACUGAGCCGGGAGGGGGGGGCCUUUCCUUUUUAUAUUUUUUUAUUUCCAUGUAUGCUCGCACAACGCGGCUGGGGGGGCUGGGGCCCAGCCUUGGAGGGCAGAGGGGGGGGUCCGGGCCUCAGGGGCUGCCCCCUUCAAUGCAGCCACUUCCUGUCUGUGUGUCCUACCCCCCCUUCCCCCCGGGGCCAGAGGGGAGGGCACCUGCCCGCCCUUCUCUCUCUUCCCCGGGGUGUUUUUGUACCUCGCCCUGUAACCAGUUCUUAUAGUGACCAACCGGGAAAUAAAACACCUUUUCUUCA